AUGGGCAAUUGCGUUUUCAAACCAUUCGAUGAAGCUGAAGAAACAAUAAAAGUGGCAACACCCAACGGCGGCAUCAUGGAGCUUUCGCCACCCAUCUCCGCCGCCUGCAUAACAAAACAGUUCCCAGGCAUGGCCAUUUACCGCCGCACCCCUCACACUUUGCUCUCUCAGCAGCCUUUGUUUAACAACGAAAAGCUCCGUGCAGGCCAGCUCUACUAUCUCCUGCCCCUCAACAACAACAACAACAACAGCAACGAUCUUGUAUCCACUUCUUCGUCUCCGUAUCGUAUGUCGUUCGAUCAUCAGCAGAGGGUACUGUUGAAGAGAACCGACACGGAGGAGGCGGCGACACCCAGAGUGUGGAAAGUGAAGCUAGUGAUAAGUCCGGACAAGUUGGCGGAGAUCAUGGCGCAGGAGGCUCGAACGGAGGCGUUGAUAGAGAGUGUGAGGGCGGUGGCUAAGUGUGGGGAUGGGGUGUCAUCGUCGUCGGUGGCUAAGUCUGAUCAGUGGUGUGUGUCUUGUGGUGGGAAAGGAUCGUUGAGAAAUUAUGCUCAAGAUAGAUGGUGA